UGAAUUUAGGCCGUGGGCCUAGGGCCCAAAGAAUAGAAGAUUGUUGCAUACUCCAUUUGACUGCGGCUCAAAGCCACCUCCCCAUUCAUCUCUCGGGGGGAUUUGAGAAGCGACGCGAACGUCUGAUCGCCAACACUGUUCAGGUGACGUAAGCAAGCAGCCAUGGCGGGCGGUGGGAAUUUCAUGAACAGAGUCGUGUCGUACCUCGUCAAUGAGCUUCUGGUCGAUAGCCUCGCCAACAGCCGUGCAUUCCAAAGGUUUGCUGUGAAGACAUCAAAGAGGAUUGAAGAUAUUCAAAAUAUCGCUGCAAAGAAGAAGGAACAACUUGCUGAGCAGAUGAAGGAUUUUUCAAAGAACAUGGAGGAUUCAUUCAAAGACCGGUGAUACUUUGGUCGAUGAGUCUUUCAAAGUCCGGUGAUACUCGGUCAAUGAUGGGCGAUGCUUGAGCGGUCGUAGGCCUCGUGUUGCAAACAUGUGUAUAUCGUUACAUGGAAUCCUAUUUCCUUCCUUUAAGAGGGGAAAUAAAUUUUGAGUGUUUUAAGAUUUGCUUUCAAAUGUACUUAGCAUGUUAGUUACAUAACUUACACACUUAACAAAAAAAUAAUGUCGUUCCAAUUCUUAAUCGGUGAUGUUUUGCAAGACAUGACGUGAAAAUUUAAGAUGUAAAAGCUGCAUGUACGACUCACAUAAUAUUUUUGAAUUUUAGGUAGGUGUAAAUUUAUUUUUUUAUUUA